UAGCUGCGACUACGGAUCCAGAUGUACACAGCAGAUGUGACAGCCAGGCUGGCAUCCUUGGAGAUGAAGGUCUGGAGCUGGGGCCUCUGGUCACAGGCGUGAACGGGGGUCUGAACCAGGCUGUCCACCCCAAGAACAUGACAACAGCACAAAACGGCCAUGGGCAGGGUGCCACGGCCACUUCUUCAGCCUCCAACCUGAAGGCCCCCAAAAUGGUGACAUCCUCAGCAUGUCAGAAUGGAAGCUGCAAAAGCAGCCCAAGCAGUGACCCGGAAGCCGCGGAAACCAGGCUCAGCCCUUCCAAGCUGGUGCGUCUUUUCUCGGGGAAUCGGAAGAGGAUGAAUGCCAACCCUGAGAGGCCCCGCUCGGUGGUCCUCGUGGGGAAUUCUUCCACGUGGAAUGCCCUGGCCUCCUUCCGUAAAAUGGGAUCUUUUAAAAGACUGAAAUCCUCUGUCCUACAAGGAAUUCAGAACCGGGAGGGGGCAGAUGUUUCCAAGGAAGGGCCAGCAGGAGACCCGGGAAGGGCUGCUCCCAAUGGCACCAUCGGCAUCCUGGGAAAGGGCCUGGGCAGGUGUCCAUCCUUGGGGCCUGCAGGGGAUGGGACCGGGUCCGACUGCUCGGACCCUGAGGACACAGAGGAUGCCUUCCAGAGGAGCACGCACCGCUCACGCAGCAUUCGCAGAGCCUAUGGCCUGGGGCGCAUCAGCCUGCUGGACCUGGGGCGGCAGGCAGCACUGGAGCCCACCCUGUGCGAGAUCCAUGUGAGCGACCUUGAGCCCAUCCCUCUGCCGCGCAGAAGCAAGAGCAUCGACAACUUGAGCAUCCUGAAGAGCUCCUUCAAGCGCAAGUCUGCGUCCAACCUCACGGAACUGACAGGCGACAGGCAGGUUCCCCCCAGGACCCUGAGCAGCUCAUCCACUGACUCCGAGAAGCCAGGUGGCUCCCAGAGAAGGACCAGACGCUGGAGGAGCCCCAUCAGGGCCAAGGACUUCGACAGGGUUUUAAGACUGGUGAGCACCGUCAAGGAUGCAGCCUGGAAGAGGGAGGCCUCUAGGAGUAUGGCUCCUAGCCCAGGCCCUGGCCCAGGGGAUGUGAACCCGCCACUGGAGUCACGCAGCAGGCUCCACGAUGACUACUCACGCCGCACCAGCAGCAGCGCGGAGCCAGAUACCAGGCGUGGUGGCCCUUUAUCCACACCCUGUAUCCCUGCACCAUGCGCGGCCACGCCCAUCGUAGCUCAAGGACCCCACCUGGAUGUGGACACUGCAGUCUUUCCCCUGGAAGCCAAAAGCGUGCAGGCCCUGGGAAAUGAUGAACCUAGUGCCAGUAGCCCAUCACCAAGUCUCACAGACCCAGAGGGGUCGAGCCAAGCCUCCAGUGAGGCAACUGCUGGCAGCCAGCUUCCCUUGGACCCUGUACAGCUUCCCACCCCUCCGAGGCCCACCACGCCCAAACCCCAAAGCCCUCAGAGCCCAGGGAGUACUAAAUACCCCAGCCUAAGCGUGCUGUCCCUCAGCUCAGCAGACAGUGAAGAAAGGACUGAGGAUGCUGCCCACAGGCAGCCAGAACCCGUGUCCCUCCAGGAUGCCGGACGCACCGCGGCUGGUGGUGAGGGAGGAGAAAGUAGUGACAGCUGUUUGCCCGCAACUCUCGAUAGGGCCGCCAAUCCGGAAGAGAGGAAGGAGGAGGUAAGGGUCGAGGUGGAGUCCCUCUGGUUGGUGCCAGUGUCAGGAGAGCUGCUUCAGUAUUGCUCAGCCACUUUCCCAGGGAUUUCCGAAGGCUACUGGUUCUGUGUGUGCCGAGUAAUCUCGUUGAAUUUUUGCCGAGUUAGAAGUUGUUGA